AUGUCGACGGUAACAUUUGAACACCCUUCGAUAGGCUCGAUCCGUGGCAUCGAAGGAGAUGGGGUCUACCAGUUUCACGGCGUCCAGUAUGCAACACUGAAAGACAGGCUCGCUGAGGCCCAAGUCAAGACAGCAUACGAAAGCCCCGUUGAUGCGACGAGCCAUGGACCAUCGGCGUAUUCUACCCCCAAUGGGUACGAAAACGAGAUGAUCUUCAUCCAGCAGUCGAUGCCCAAGCCCAAGACGGUGCAUUCCGACCUGGAAUGCUUGAAUCUGAACGUCACCGUCCCAAAGGGCCAAAGUGGUACCGAGUUAGGGAAGCAGAAGUUUCCCGUGUUCGUCUGGGUACAUGGCGGUGGUUUCAUCGUGGGAGCGAAUUCAUGGCCGCAUUACGACCACGGCAAAUUGGUCAAGCUUGCGAAUGACAAUGGAGUUCCUGUGAUCGGAGUCGGGAUCAACUAUCGCCUGGGCUUCCCGGGGCUACUGACGUCCGAGGAACUGCGGCAGAAGGGCUACAAAGCGAACAACAGCCUUAUCGACCAAAGAGCCGCAUUCCGCUGGGUGAGGCAACAUAUCGCAGGGUUUGGCGGUGACCCCGAGAACAUCACUGUCAUCGGCGAGAGCGCAGGGGCAGUGGCUACAACAUUACACCUGUAUUCGAAAGAAAAGCUCUUCAACCGAGCAAUCGCCACGGGAGGCUCCUCUCUCUUGGUCCCUGUCUUCGAGCUCGCCGACCAGGAACGUACCUACCAGCAGGUCCUCUCCAUCUUGGGGCUCGAGAACAUGAACGCCGAAGAAAGGAUUCAGAAGCUCUUGACGAUGCCCACAGAUGAGGUGAUCGCGAAGCUACCGCCCUCUGUUGCCCUCCUGCCGACGCUCGAUGGCGACAUCAUACCCGUUCGACCCACGUACGCUUCUGUGGCCGAUAAGUCCGACCAGAGUAUGCCCGGGAAGCAGUGGGCCGAGGGACUAAUGAUUGGAAAUAGCGGCUUCGAUGCCUCGGUCCUCGGCUUCAUGCUGGGCCACUUGAAGAACGGGAUCAAGGACAAAUUCCCCGCGUCCAUAAAGUCCUCGCUGGCCUCGGAUCCCGCCCUCGCAGACCAGAUCCUCGAAUCAUACGGCUUCACCGGCUCCUCGUCAGCUGCCGACAGCGACAACGACGACGCCGCCUUCCUCCGGUUCCUCGAGUUCGCCAACGACAUCAGCUUCUUCGCCGCCACCACGGCCUAUGCGCGCGGCUGGCCCGCGUCUCCGGCAGGCGAGUCGAACAUCUACGCCUUCUUCUUUAACGAGCCCAACCCCUGGCCGGGCGUGUACCAGGGCCGCGCCACCCACGUGUUGGACGUGGUGUUUCUGUUCCAGAAUCAUAACCACAAUUUGAGCCCUGCGCAGCGCGCCGCGGCCGAGCAGAUGGGCCUCGACUGGAUGAGGUUCGUGGCGGGUCAGAAGCCGUGGGAUGGGUAUACUCCCGAGAACCGGGCGGCGAAGGUAUACGGCCCGUCCGCUGGAGAUGAGGCCACGGCGACAAGUAAAGUUGUGGAUGCGGACUCGCUGGAGACCGGGCGUGGGAAGGCGAUUCUCGAGGUCGGCGAGAAAGUUGGGUUCGACAGGUUGAACGAGAUUGUGGGACGGUUUCGACUCGGGCUGUGA